CUGAAGAUUUCAUUCUAUAACUUUAUCACAACCAAGACACUAUCUUAAGAAUUCUUACUAUAGUGUAGUGUUGAUAGGGCUUGGGAAAAGUGUGGAAUCCAAACGCAAACCGAAAUAAGUCUGACGAUCUUCUGGAAAAAUGGAUAAACCGUCAACCAGUCAGCAAUCUGUUGAAAAGGUGGAAAUGUUCGAAGUACGCGAGCAUGUUCCUUAUCAAGCGGAGGUGACGAGGGCCCCAGCUGCGUACGACCAGGAGAGUGGAGAAACCCAUUACACCUCGUCCUGGUACUCCGCGUGGUCCUCUAUCUGUCAGCUAAUUAAUUUAGUCCAUCACAUGCAAAUAGCUAUUGUGGUGUUCUGCUUGUGGCACUUCGCGUUAACGUCACAGCCUGACGGAUCUAUAACUAAUUUACAACUGCACAUCGUAUUUGCUGGAACAGGCUAUCAACUAUUUCUCGUGGAGUCUGUGUUGACGCUAAACAGACAUAACUCAUGGUCUUUCCAACUAUCGAAAGAUAGCAAGAGAAUAAUUCACGGAUGCCUUCAAUUAAUUGGAUCUGUUUUUGUCCUCGCUGGCACUUUUCUGGCACUGGCAGAGGUGAAGAUGCAGAUCAACACAGCCCACGGCAUAUGCGGUGUCAUCGCCUUAACCUUCACCCUUAUAAGUUUCGUCUCCGGCAUAAUAGCAUUAUUCUCCUCAAAAGUUCGUUUAAUGAUCAAGAGUGGACCUAUUAAAAUCCUUCACAUCGCUGUUGGUAUGUUUGCUAUAUCCAUGGGCCUUAUAACUAUGGUAAUGGGCUUAAACAUGGAUUACUAUAGCGCAACUCAAGGUGGAUUAUCGACUGCGUUAAUAAUACUUGUAGUUAUUAUUCUAUUUUACGUCCUCAUCCAGCCAAUUGUGGACUUAAUUUCGACCACCAGGAAUACGAUGUGACUAGUCAAAGUCGACGGUUCCACUGAUGGGGACAGCAACGCGUAAGAGCAUUUCAAAAUAUU